UUUGUUGUUUUGUAGUAUGUAACGUUUUAAUUCUAACAAAGUGUGAACGCGCGAGAGAUGAAUCCUAAUGAAGUAGAGUUCCUCGGUGAAAAGCAGCUGGUUAGUAUAGUGCCGAAUUUUACAUCGGAUGUGAUUUACUUGAUCUCGGGCUCGGUAGGACCGUUUCGCGCGGGUUUGCCCGUAAAGGUGCCGAUCUGGCUCGCCGUAUACCUCAAACAGAAACAGAAGUGUCGGAUCGUCAGUCAGGAAUGGAUGGACAUCGAAAGCCUAAUCGAGAGGAAAGAGAUGGAGAAGAUGUCCAAAUUGUUCACGGAGAUGCCCAGUUAUCAUUAUAUAGAUGAAAGCCAAAUUUUGCUGAAUAUAGCAAAUGACGACAUACCCAAUGCAGAUGGAAUAAGGAUUGCUGUGAAGGACAUAUGGGAUACAAGAAUGUCUAAGCUACGCACAUCUGUGGACGCUUUUGUAAAGAGCGAAGGUGUUCAUGCAAGACUAGAUCAUCUUACUGCGAUGGAGAUUAAUAGUAUACGUCCAUUACUGCCACAUGCAUUAGAUCAAAUGUUACGGAUACAGUCUGCAAAUUCGGGAGAAUCAGAUUCUCAGAGUAGUGUGUGAAGAAAUUGAAGUAUCAAAUUAUUUACAUCAUUAUUGUUUACAAACUUAUGCGGGAAAUAAAACACUAGCUCAUCCGACCACUUGCAGCCGUCCUUGUGAUGAAUACAGUAAACGAUGGAGCUCAUUAUUGCCUUUUCUGCUUCCGUGUCUUGGAAGUUCUGCAAAAGAAAUCCAUACUGCGGAAAACGUUAUCACAGAGAUCCGAGAAACAGAACACAAUAUGAAAGCUUCGGGGGGAUGCUGCGCUGUGGGAGAUAUUGCCGCGUGCCGAGCGCCACGUGGGCGGUUGCAACCCAAGAAUACUUUUUUAAGUAUUCUAUUGUCGCGCGCGUUUGUGCUUGUUUACUCGUAACGACUUCUUUAAACGUUUGUAUUGUUUAAACCUUCAUUUUGACACAAAUAUGACUUUCAGUCGUUUUAUUUUUAUUUUCCAGUGUUUAUCAAUAAAGAUAGAAAUUAAAGCCGCAGCAUUUAUUUGCAUUUCAAUGAAGUUCAAAUGCUUUUAAAUUUUCAGGACAUGCAUAAAAAAUUGUUAUA